AUGUCCUUGGCUCACCAAGAUCCCCACUACGAAUCUCUUCGUGCUCAGGCUAGACAGGCGGGAGAUAACAUGUCCAAAUCGUUCGAAGAUGCUCAAAAGGCUUUCGAGCGUGGGCAAAAGGCCAAGGCAAAGCAACUUUCGGACGCAGGCAGGGGAUAUCAGGCUGAGAUGAAGAGGUUGGAUGCAGAGGCCAGCAAGUGGGUGCAUGAGCGCAAGUCAAAACUGAAUUCGGGCGAGAAGGACGGGUUGGAUCUACACGGGCUAUAUGUAAACGAGGCUGUCACGCUGGCUGAAGAUGGUAUACGGGAUGCUCGAAAUCGAGGUCAAGAAGAACUUCGACUUAUUGUAGGACGUGGCUCGCACUCGCCAAAAAAUAUGGCAAAGCUUAAACCUGCCAUCAUAAGUCUCCUUUCGAGGAAGCGUCUGGACUUUACGGCAGAUCCAAGGAACGAGGGUGUGAUCGUUGUUCACUUUUGA